AUCUGUCAUUUAUACUGUAUGCGUCUUAUAAUCACCACCAAACACGUCUAAUUUUAUUUCCAUGUGAUGACACAGAUUUCCUUUUCCCUACAAAAGGCAAGUAAAACUUGGAUUUGUGUAGCAGAAUCCUAGUUAAGACUACUUUGGGAUUGAUAGCAUGCCAAAAGUAAACCAUUUGCCCUACAAACAGCCAGCAGCAGGUUGUCCUCAGCCAAAAGUCUCCCCUUUUGGUGGCCUGUGGUGUCAGGCUAUUGGUGGACGGAGCAGCUCAUUUGCAUACAGCCCAGUUUAUAGUCUGCUCGCAAGUGUGAAGCCUCCAGUCAUUCACAAGCUGAGGUCUGCGCGGGUCAUUUGUGAUUUACAUGAGCAGAACUUCUCUCUUUUUUUUUUCCCCUCUUAUGACGAGAUGGCAACACUUGCUCGCUGCUGCUUUGUGCUGGCUUUAAUUAUUUACAAGGUCAGAUGCACCACGACAAGAUACUUCACCUAUGAGGAGGACGCACCUGGGACAGAAAUAGGCAACUUAUCCAGAGACUUGAAGAUCGACCCCGCCGAAGGCCAUGACACGUCCUUCCGCUUCAUGCAGGAAAACAACUUCUCCGUGGUGUACAUGCGGGAGGCCGACGGGCUCUUGAGCGUGGCCGAACUCAUCGACCGCGAGCUGCUGUGUCCUCGUACCCCGCGGUGCUAUGUCACCUUUGAUGUGGUGGCUCUCUCCAAUGAAAAGUUUCAGCUCAUCCACGUUGAGAUUGAAGUGCGGGACAUCAAUGACCACGCCCCAACAUUUCCCCGGAACGAGACCACCCUGGAAAUCUUGGAGAAUUUGCCCCUGGACUCUCGCUUCCCGCUGCCUGUCGCCGUGGACCCAGAUGUGGGCGACAACUACAUCCAGAGUUACAACAUUUCCCCCAGCAGCCACUUUGCCGUGGAGGUGCGUCAGCGGGAGGACGGUGUCAAGUCCGCCGAGCUGGUGCUGGUGAGGGAGCUGGAUCGGGAGAUGGAGGACUCCUACCUGGUGGAGGUGACUGCCACCGACGGAGGCGUACCCACCAGGUCGGGCUCCACGACGGUUCGCAUCAAGGUGCUGGACUUCAACGACAACGGGCCCACUUUUGAGCACGGCUCGCUGAAGGUGGAGCUCAACGAAGACGCUCCGGUGGGCCACCGUGUAGUGCGGGUGCACGCCUUCGACCCCGACGAGGGCGUCAACGGCGAGGUGAUGUACGCCUUUGAUGACAUCUCGGCAGAAGCCGCCCGCGUCUUCCACAUCGACCCGCACACCGGUGACGUGACGCUAAAGGCCCGCGUAGACUUCGAGAGGCGGCGAUCCUACGAGCUGCGUGUCAAGGCCUCCGACCUGGGCGCCGAUCCUUCGUCGUCCGGUUGCAAGGUCUCCAUUGACGUGGUAGACGUGAAUGACAACGCACCGGAGAUCAACAUCAAGCCCAUGACCGCCAGUGCGGACGACGUGGCCUACAUCACGGAGGCUGCAGCGGCCGAGAGUUUCGUGGCCCUCAUCAGCACUUCAGACCUGGACUCUGGCUCUAACGGCUACGUGCGAGUCAGCCUGCUCGGCCACGAACAGUUCACUUUACAACAAGCCUACGGGGAGACCUUCAUGAUCGUCACCACCUCCGCUCUGGACCGAGAGAGGAUCCCUGAGUAUAACCUGACUGUUGUUGCUGAAGACUUGGGUAGCCCCCCUUUCAAAACAGUGAGGCAGUACACCAUCAGGGUGACCGAUGAGAAUGACAAUGCACCCCUGUUCAGUAAGUCAACAUAUGAGGUCUCAGUCAUAGAGAACAACAUUCCGGGCUCUUACAUCACCACCGUAGUGGCCCGCGAUCCUGAUAUGGGCAAGAACGCAAAAGUCUCCUACAAGCUUCUGGACUCUGAGGUGCAAGGUGGGUCACUUGUUUCCACCUACGUGUCUGUAGAUUCCCAUUCAGGCUCUCUGUACACAGUCAGGUCCUUCGACUAUGAAAGCAUCCAUGAAAUAGAGCUGAUCAUCCAAGCUGAAGACAAAGGGUCCCCCUCCCUGUCAAGCACGUCAACAAUUAAAAUCCGCAUGGUGGACCAGAAUGACAACUACCCAUAUUUCACCUUCCCCGUGCUGUUUAACGACUCGGCCGAUAUCCCGCUGCCCUUGAACGCCCCUGCUUCAUAUUUAGCUCUGCGCCUCUCCGCUGAAGACACCGAUGACGGCGUGAAUGCAGAGCUGUCCUACCACAUGUUGCAAGGUGACCGAGAUCUUUUCAUUGUGCACAAAGACACCGGGGAGAUCGCCCUCAAGCAAUGGCUGACGGCCCAAAUCGGGGAUAUCCUGGAAGUGGUCGUGGCCGUUAGCGACCGCGGCCGCUCGCCUCUCUCCAGUAGCGCCACCGUGCGCUUCGUGGUUACCGACACAGAGCCCGUCUUGGACCAGGCCGUAGUGGUUUUGCGUUCAAGCGACGAGGAAGGCCUCGUGGCGGGCUUGGAUGGCUCGCUGGUGGUCAUCAUCCUGCUCAGCGGCGGGUGCGCUUUGCUACUGGUGGCCAUCGUGGCCGUGGUGGUCACGUGCAAAGCAGGACGUGGCGGUGCAGGUCCCCCUAAAAGGGAAGCCCGCCUCAACUUGUUUGACAGUAGGCCCCCUCUCGGGUCCACCCAUGGGAACAUAUACUCCGGCCAGAGAGGCUUCUUCCUGGAGCGGACCUCAUCAAGCUUGGAUGACUCCUGCUUGUAUGAGGAGAGGAGCAAUGACUCAGAAUCAAAGGUCUUCCUGCCUUCAAAGCACUUCCAACCACCAUCCAAAUGGCAAGCGGACAAGUAUUGCUUGCAAGUGAGCACGAGCAACACCGACCAGCUGAGCGUGAAGGACAGCGGCAAAGGGGACAGCGAUUUCAAUGACUCCGACUCGGACAUCAGUGGAGACGGUGGCAAGAGGAGCUUUACCACCUUUCACCCAAGACUUAAAAGUUCAUCUAGCACUGCUAACAGCCUAGCGGGGGAUUGCCAAGGCACCUACUGUGCGAUACCGCCGCAGUGCUUCAAGAACCCCAGAGACUUGGCGUACACUAUCGGCUUCUCCCCGGCGACUCUCUUCAAUGAUCUGCAUGGCUUCGCCCACACAUGGAAGGAGCCGGGCUACGCUACCAAUCCCAAGAAAACACGCAAUGACGGCAUGCAGACCUAUACCGGUAGAACAGGAACCCUUCCGCCUUACCUGUCCCAGGUGCAGAAUGAGCCCAAGGACCACAAGCCAAGCCCAAAUAUUGUAACGGUCGCGACGGAAUCAGAAGUGGCGACUAUGUUUUGAGUUUUAACCACAUGUAAACUGUACAUACUUGUAAAAAAAAAAAAAAAAUGCUCAGCGUUGAUUAGCUUUCACUCAUGUCUAUUUGUAUAUUUUUAGUGCUGCUUUCCCAAUAAAUAUGUGAUUGUAAAAACUCUUCAAGCUUCAUUCACAUACACAUACAGCUCGUUCUUCCCAGAGUGUUUCAUUAGAAUCAAUAUAAAUAUUUCAUGACAUGCUUUAAUACGUUACAUACAAAGUAGAUACAGCAACAUGCCGAGACAAUUUCCUGUGAAUCUUUCCUCCUA